AUGAUGAAGUGUUUAUUUUUCUUAUGUUUGUGUUUGUUUCCUAUUUUGGUGUUUUCAUCAACUUUCACUUCCCAAAAUCCCAUCAACCUACCCAGUGAAUCUCCUGUACCUAAGCCGGUACUUGACACAAAUGGUAAAAAACUGAAUCCUAAUUCGAGUUAUCGCAUUAUUUCCACAUUUUGGGGUGCCUUAGGUGGUGAUGUGUACCUAGGAAAGUCCCCAAAUUCAGAUGCCCCUUGUCCAGAUGGCGUAUUCCGUUACAAUUCCGAUGUUGGACCUAGCGGUACACCCGUUAGAUUCAUUCCGUUAUCUACAAAUAUCUUUGAAGAUCAACUACUUAACAUACAAUUCAAUAUUCCAACAGUGAGAUUGUGUGUUAGUUAUACAAUUUGGAAAGUCGGAAAUCUAAAUGCAUAUUUUAGGACGAUGUUGUUGGAGACGGGAGGAACCAUAGGGCAAGCAGAUAGCAGCUAUUUCAAGAUUGUUAAAUCAUCAAAUUUUGGUUACAACUUAUUGUAUUGCCCUGUUACUCGCCAUUUUCUUUGUCCAUUUUGUCGUGAUGAUAACUUCUGUGCAAAAGUGGGUGUAGUUAUUCAAAAUGGAAAAAGGCGUUUGGCUCUUGUCAACGAAAAUCCUCUUGAUGUCUUAUUCCAGGAAGUCUAGUAACAAAUAAUGCCUGCAGCUAGACUAUACUAUGUUUUAGCCUGCCUGCUGGCUAGCUACUAUGUUAUGUUAUGUUGUAAAAUAAACACCUGCUAAGGUAUAUCUAUAUAUAUUUUAGCAUGGCUUUCUUAAUAAAUUGUCUUUCCUUA